ACAAUGUUGAUUCAGUGUCUUUUAGCCACUGUUCUGGCAUUCCAUGCAUGUCUGGCCGUCUCUUUCGGCCUGAAACCCAGAAUCACAGAUGGUGAGAAUGCCAUACCAGGAGAAUUUUCUUAUCAGGUCUCUGUUCAAUGGGGUUUGCCACCCUCAUUACGUUUUAGCCACAUUUGUGGUGGUUCGAUUGUGCAUGAGAGUUUUGUUUUAACUGCGGGACAUUGCAUUAUGACAGAAGGCGAACUUAAGGUCAUCGUUGGCAAGUAUUAUCUUCUUGAAAAUGAGGAAACUCAGCAAGAAGUUGAGAUUGCUAAGAUUUAUAUCCAUGAAAAUUAUCCAGGAGGUGUUGCACCAUACGACAUCGCUCUUCUGAAACUUAAAACUCCUCUCAUUUUUAACAAGUGGGUAUCCGCUGUCAAAUUACCUAAACCAGACGAGGUGCAAGUUGGAAAUGCUGUACUGUCUGGAUGGGGCUCCGUCUCCAAGACAUGGAUUCCAAGACUUUCGAACGUUCUUCAAAAAGUUACUGUUCCAUUAUUAGACAGUAAAUCUUGUCAAGAUGAGUUCUCGAAAAGUCGUACAACAUCGCAACGACUUUACGAUUCACAAAUCUGCACUGCCGCUAUUUAUGAAAUAUCAGCUUGUUCUGGUGACUCUGGCGGUCCAUUGGUCCAAUUUAAAAACAACGUUCCCACUCUAGUUGGAAUCACUUCAUGGGGAGCCUACCCGUGCGGUACCAGUCACAUGCCUACGGUCUACACUCGCGUAGCUUCUUACACUAUUUGGAUUAAAACGAUAAUAUGGAUUCAUGCUAUUAAACUCAACGAAAUGAGUAUAAAAUGCAGUCAAUUUUGUGGAUUAACAUCAUACAGCGAAAUGUUUCCCAAAGCAAUCGUGUUCUUUGCUCUCCUAACAGUGGCGAUCGCUGAGAGGCCCCGAGUUGGUCUCCAGAUGCCACAGAUUUGGCCACGUUUUGUUGGCCCGAUCUCGCCACAAGUGGUUGGAGGUGAAGAAGCGCCGCCAGGAUAUUAUCCAUUCAUAGUUUCUCUUCAAAUGUUUGGCUCUCAUUUCUGCGCUGGAUCCAUCGUAAACGAAAAAUGGGUCGUAACAGCAGCUCAUUGUGCUGAUGCAGUUUCUUCUUUAAAAUUUUUUUACGUUAAGGCCGGUAAGCACGAUAUUGCAGAAAACGAAAGCACCGAACAGAUAGUUCAAGUGGCGCAAAUUUACAUACAUGAAAACUAUGAACAUGGUGUUGGUCCAUAUGACAUUGCUCUGCUUAAACUUGCAUCUCCAUUAAAGUUAACGAAAGAAAUACAAGCCAUCAAAUUACCACCGCCAGAAAGUGAAGCAACUGGAGAAGCAUGGCUUUGUGGAUGGGGCUCCACUUCGACUGGCCGUUAUCCAAUAAUGCCAAAUAAACUUCAGCAUGUUAAGAUGGAGUACCUCGAUCAUAUUACUUGCCAUGAAGCCAUUGAACGUUUGAUAGGAUCUUCUCCCGUUCAUGAAACCAAUAUCUGCACUGGGCCACUAUACGAUCAAAUCUCGGCAUGCAGUGGAGACUCCGGUGGCCCACUAAUUUCACGUAAUGGACAAAAACCAGUUCUUAUUGGAAUUGUAUCUUGGGGUAUUAUUCCAUGCGGUAGUGAAGGAGCGCCAAGCGUAUAUACCAAAGUAUCCAGUUUCAUUGAAUGGAUUGACGAGAAAAUCAAUAAUUAUUAA